GAGAAGAAGAAGCAGCAGGCCGGCACCAACGGAAGAGGAAAGGCGGCAAAGGGAAACCAACCGAGCAAGAUGGCUGCGAAGGGAGAGCAGCAGACCGUCGAGGGCGCCCACCGUGGUGGCUACAAGCUCGACGCGGACAUUCCCCAGGGAGAAGGUGAAGAGUGCACUGGAGAAAGGGCAAUGAGCUCGCGAAGCCCAGCAGUGCCGGGCCUGGAGGAGUUUGACCCGAACGUGAGAUGGUGGAGCAAUCUCACGGGUCUUACGGACUCUUUCAACGACUCCGAAGGCCAAAGCCUGCUGGGCCCCGAAACCACGAGGACGUUGAUAGCAAACCUACAGGGGCUUUCUGAUGAUGACAGGUCCAGGGUUACUACUUCUCUCCUUGCCUUCGUGGGCCUCUUCAUAGCAGAGCUUCUCAAGAUCAUCAACGACGCAGAAACCGGGGAACGGGUAGUGCUUCUGCAGAGCUGGCUGGCACCCCCGCAGAGCGAUGUCACGCAGCUGAUGCAGAGGAACUUGGAAGUUGGGCCAGGUAACUUCGCCAGGUUGCUGGUGGAGCUGCAACAGGACAUGGAGGGCAUGGACAAGACCCGGGCGGCGACCCUGGCGAAGGCAGUAGGCAACAAGCUCAACGACCUGGAAGGCAUGGAGGGAGACGACCUGACGGCCAGGAGAACCAAGGACCGCAGGGACAGAAUGAGGGCCCUCUUGGUUGCAUACGAGGGAAUCGAACAGGCCAUGGAGAGUGCCCCGCCCCCGGAUGUGCAGCCGACUUGGAGCAAGCUGUGUCCGUUCAUUGCACAGGUUGAUCGUGGCAAUGGUAGACAGGUGGAAAGGGCCUCAGGGUCGGGAGACGCUGCGGGAGCGCUGGACAGCGAGGAUGAGCGGGAAGGCAUCCUGGUCAAGCGUGAGCUGGAGGAAGAGUGGGCGCCUGCAACCAAGGAGGAAGCUGAAGAACUGAGAAGGCAUGACCGGCAACUCAGAGAAGAAGAGGAGAGCCAACACGGGGUGGAGGCAUUCGCCCGCUUCGAGGCUGCACGAGCUCAAGAGUGGGAAGACUGGGUUAUGCACACAGAGUUGCAACCCAGCCCGCGGCCGCCUCCCACCAAGCGAGUUCGAGCCAGGGUGGUCAUGGGCACGACCCGAGGUGACACGCUCGCAGAGCAGACGUUGGAAGGCGACAUCGCGGAGACAGACAGGGUCAUGCUCACGUUCUCCAUUGAAGAAAGCCUCAGCUCAGGCAGCAAACCGGGGCAGGGAUCGCUGGCGGCGCCAUCAACGCCCUCUACAGUGCAGAUGACGUCCACCCAAAUCGAGAAACAGCUCCUGCAGGUGAAGGGUGCGGAGAAUGAGGAGACGGACCUGGACAACUUCCUGCACACCGCUGAGGGCAAAGAGGUGUACUGUGGCUGGUUGGAGGGAAGGGUCAAGGACGAGGAAGUGAGGGAUAAAUGGGGGGACCACGUUCUCAAGGUGACGAAGGCCAUCGAAGAUGACUCGCAGGCGCUCAACACGCAGAAAGACUGCGCCAAGUACCAGGACAGACCGCUUCAGAGCACGGCAGAGCAGAGGGGUUCCAGUUCAGAGCCGGGCAUGGAAGGGCUGAGCCAGGAAGAGCGAAGAACAAAGAGGACCAGAGAAGGGGCGAUUGCCAGCACCGUGGGCUACGUGGCGCCCUUUGAUGAGGUCAACACCGAGGGCGAGGUCCUGAUUGGGGAGGGCACGGACCUGAGGGAAGAGGGGGACGAGCCAGAGCUGGAAGCGGGCAUGGAUGUGGAGGAAAUGGACGACAUCCAGCUGAUGCAGACCGCUAACUACGUGCGAGAGAAGGGAAGCUGGGAUCAAGGCCAGGAAACUGAGUGCCAAGACACGGAGGUUGCCAGCUUCAUGCAAAAGGGUGCGGCCGGCAAGUUCGAGAUUAGGGUUUAG